AUGCAACAUCGUUAUCAUCAAAAAGGGUAAAAAGUGAAAAAGGCAAGUUGUAGCCACGUAUUCAAUCUUAUCCUUAUUUUCACAUGUCUUUACAUACUUCAAACCAAACACAUCCACUUUAAUCAUCAAAAGCAUUUCUAUUUCUCUCUCUAUAGCAUCAACAAUGGCGACUUCAUUUUCUUGUUUUUGUUCUGCUCCACUUCAAUCAUCUGUUAAUCGGGUAAACCCCGACUUGACCCGUCAAAAACCAAUUUCGGGGUCAUCCUGGUGGACCCCACUCUUUGGCUGGUCCUCUGAACCGGACUAUAUCGUUGAUUCCGGUUCUAGUAGUAGUAUCAAAACCGGGCAGCCCAGGGAGGUUUCGGGUCUAAAAUCGGAUCCAGAAACGGGUCGUUGCAGAUCCAAGUUCCAGCCUGGAUGUUUCACGGAAGACAAAGCGAAAGAGCUAAGGAGAAAGACGAUGGAGAGCUCUAAUUUUCAUGAUAUCAUGUACCAUUCUGCAAUCGCAUCUCGUCUUGCGUCGGAUGUUUCCGAUCGGUGACUAAGUUCGCCGGCGAAUUAGGUGGUCGGAUUUGUUGGUCUUUUUUUUUUGCUGCCAAAUCAAUCUGUCGACUUGAAAAUUGUGUUUUUAAUUCUCUUCUUUCUAGUUUUUUCUGAAAUAAAGAUCUGACGAUAAUUUCGAGGAUUUUGCGUGGAUUGUUGUCUUUGUACCAUUAUCUUAUGAUGGAAGCCAAUGUAUGAUGUAAUCCCUAUCUUAUGAUGCCUAUGGAAUGUAGAUUACUAUUGCCAGAAAAA